CUACAUGUCAACUGUCAACGUCAAAUCGAGGCACGUGGGAUAUUAACGUUUUGUUUGGUAUAUUUAUUUGUGAUUUAAAAUAAUUAUUUUAUAAGAAAUUAGUAAGCAUUCUCAAAUAGUUGAUUAAAUGUUAAAGUGUCGUUUCACUCAAACCAAUUUUCGCAUAGUUUAUCUUCAAAUUAUCCAGCUUAGACCUUGUAAAUAGGGUCUGUAUAUUAGUCUCAAAAAUGGGGAAGAAAAGAAAGUUAGCAGCCAACAAAGAUGACUUUGAGUAUGACCCAAUACCUAAGCAUUUAGUAACAUCUCAUAUAAAAAAGCAAGAAAAGCGUUUAAUUGUAAUUCUAGAGAAUGCUCAGCUUGAAACUGUGAAGAAUGGUAACAGUUUUGAGCUUUUGAACUGUGAUGAUCAUGCGGGAAUAUUGCGUAGAAACGACAGAGAUCCCGGAUCGUGCCGGCCGGACAUCACACACCAAUCAUUACUGAUGUUGAUGGACUCACCUUUAAACAGAGCUGGCUUGUUGCAAGUUUAUAUUCACACAGAAAAAAAUGUUCUCAUUGAAAUUAAUCCACAAACUCGGAUACCAAGGACUUUUAAAAGAUUUGCUGGUUUAAUGGUUCAACUUCUACAUAAAUUUGCGAUAAGAGCAUCUGAUGGACCUAUGAAAUUAUUAAAAGUUAUAAAGAAUCCUAUAACAUCACACUUACCUGUGGGAGUAAGAAAAAUAACUAUGUCCUUCAGCUCCAAAAUGGUACAAACAUGUAGAGACUUGGUGCCAAAGGAGGAACCAAUUGUACUUGUAAUUGGUGCAAUGGCGCAUGGCAAAGUGGAAGCUGAUUAUUCUGAAGAAGUUAUAUCAAUAAGUAAUUAUCCACUAUCAGCUGCAUUAACUUGUGCAAAAUUAUGCACAGCAUUUGAGGAAGUUUGGGGAGUUGUAUAAUAUUAAUUAUUAAAGAUUUUAAUUAUAAGAA